AUCAGAAUAAGAAAAACACGACUAAAUAAUUCAAAGAAAGGUCAUCAUAUCCCAUGAAGAUGAAGCAAUUAGAAGAAUGGGACGAGCUGGAAUCUUCUUCAAAAGCCAACCCUAGCCUUCUCUCUCUUCUAAAACCGGCAACAUGCCAAGAAGAAGGAAGAGAGCUGCAGAACAGAAAAACAGAAAAGGGGAAAGAUCUCUUGCCCUGCGCGCCUGCACCCUCUGCUGCGCCUUGUCCCUGCGCCUGCACCGAGCCUGCGCCCAGAUCUCCUUUGCUCUGCGCCGUUGACCUUGCUUGCUGCACCGAGCACGCGACCCUGCUUGCUGCAAUCCGCUGCACCAGCCCCUGCACCGGCCCUGCAUCAGCCUGCGCCCCUGCACAGGCCCUGCACCAGCCCUGCACUUUCCUCUUUGCGCCCCUGCGCCUCAAAACCCCUCUGCCCUGCACGCCUGCACCAGCCUCGCACCCCUACACCGGCCUUGCGUCACGUCCCCUGCUGGCUGCAAUCCUCUGCACCAGCCCAGCCCGUGCCUGCUCAAGAAACAAACAAAAAAAAAAAAAGUCAACGGCGCAAGUCACCAUAAUUAAAGGUUACUAAGCAAGCUUGCUGGGUAACCAAAUGAUUAGAAACUUAGAAGGGGACAUUAACUGGGUCCCAUUAAACGGCAUCAUGUAAUUGAAUUUGAAUCCACCUUGCCAUAUGGUCCAUAUGAUGUGGAUUUCCCAAUAAUUUUUCUCAGCAAUAGAAAUUUGCUGACUUU